GUUCAAAAAGUGAUGCCCAACGACAGCUUCUACUUCUCGAUUGUGCGCGACCCGGCCACGCUGGGCGAAUCCUCCUUCUCCUACUUCCGCGCGGCCGCUCCGGCUUUCCGGAAUUCCCCCUCCUUGGACGCCUUCCUGGCUCAUCCCACCCUUUUUUACCGGCCCGGGAUCCGCGGGAAUCACUACGCCAGGAACCUCCAGUGGUUCGAUUUCGGCCUCCCCGACGAUCCCAAGGAUUCCCGGGAGAUCCGUGAAUCCCUGGAAAAGCUGGAUCGCACCUUUUCCCUGGUUUUGCUGGCGGAAAACUUCGACGAGUCGCUGGUUCUCCUUCGGGAAGCCCUUUGCUGGCCCGAGGAAUCCGUGGAUACCUUCGCCCACAAUUCCCGCCCUCAUCCCAAAGAAUCCCCGGGAAUAUCCCCGUCCCAAGCCCAGCGGCUCCGAGCCUGGAACCGCCUGGAUUGGGAGCUCUAUUCCCACCUCAACCGCACCUUCUGGGAGCGGGCGGAAUCCUUCGGAAUCCCGCGGCUCCGGAGGGAAGUCCGGAGGCUCCGGGAGCGCCGGGAGCGUUUGGCCAGGAGGUGUUUGAGGGGUGGGGGGCCCAUCCCGGCCAAAGCCAUUCCCGACGGGAGGCUCCGGCCUUUCCAGCCCCCCGGGGGCGGGAAUAUCCUGGGAUUCUCCGUCAGGGCCGGGUUGGAUCCGGAGGAGCGGGAAAGGUGCGUCCGGAUGGCGACGCCGGAGCUGCAGUACAAGGAUCUGCUGGACAGGAGGCAGUUCGGGGGCAGGAACGAGUCCAAGGGGGGGUGAAUUCCCAGUGGGAAUUCCGGGGAUCGUCCCUCGGGAAUUGUCGUGGGAAAUGGGGGCGGUACGAUCCCAAAAUCCCGGUGGGAAUUCCCCCUGAAAUCC